UUCUUGGCAAAUGCAAGAUCUCAAAUAACCUCUAAUGGAGAGAACAACAUGAACAAAGACAACAACGUGGGGGUGGAGAGAGCAGUAAAAUAAAAGAAUAGUCAAGUCAGGUAGGUAGAACCUACAUCAAGAAGAGUCUUAAAUGCCAGGCAAAGGAACUUCAUCUAGUCUGUAGUUGAUGGCUUGUAAACUGGAGAAGAGUGGAAAAAGGAAAGAAAUACUUACUGACUACAUAUUAUUGACAAGCACAGUUAUUUUGCAUCUUUGACUACCAUUUAAUAGCCUCACAACGUAAGUAAUGUCUCCAUAUUAGAAAUGAAAAAUCAAGGCUCAUCAAACUUCAGAAUGAAAUUUCCAUUGGUCCCACAGCUAGAAAAUGGCAGAACUGGGAUAGGAGUGUUGACGUAUCUGAUUCAAGAGCCCAGUUCCUUCAAUUACACGAAUGGUGUUGUACGUCAGGAAUGGCGCUUCGGCACCCACCUGCCUACUGACAAUGAUGGAAAGGAGAAAGACUUGAAACUAGGACCCAAAUAAGGUUCUAAUAAUUGAGCUGAAAGAAAUGAUAGUGACAAGAAAAAGAAAAGAGAGAAAAAUACUUCAAGAGACACUGCAGAAAUAGAUUCAACAGGACCUACUGACUUAUUGGAUGCAGGCUGGUAGAAAAUGACAGCAAUUAAAGAUUUCUUAGUGAUCUUGAUCAUGACCCAUGGUAAUUCCACCAAUAACUAAUGAACUAAUGAAGAAAGAUGCAAAAGAUCAAAUUUUGAUGCCAAAGUGAUUGCGCGUUCGUUGAGUUGGAAGUAGAGACAGAACAUACAAGUAGCAAUGUCUGGUGGGCAUAGUAAGGUGCGGGUAUAGAAAGAGGAAGAGAAAAGUGCUAAAGAUGUAUAUUUAGAAGCCUUUCACAUAGAGCCAAACCCAUAUGGGAUGAGAUCAUAAAGGGAGAGUGUGUAGAAAGCAAAAGUGCCAAGCACAAAACUAUUAGAAAUGAUAAAAUUUAGAGCACAGGAUGGAAGAAGGUAGAGGAGCAAACAGAGAUGUGGAAGUAUUCUUAGAAAGCAAUUGUCCAAAACUCAGUAAGACUGAGGUGGUCAGUAUCAAAUGUGUCCAAAAGGGUGUAAGAGAAUAAAUAUUAGAAAUGAUGAUUAGAUUGGAGAUGUGGGGUAAUUAGCAAUCUUUGUGAGAUUAAUUUCAGUAAAGGGGUGGGACCAAAAUUAAGGAGUAGGAAGUGAAUGCAGAAAACUUUUCUAGAAAUAAUGAAAGGAAGAAAUGUAAAAAUAAAAGAAAUCUAGAAAUAAAAAAUAGAAUAUACAGGCCACAGUCUAGUCCCUUCAUUUUACAGAUGAGGAAACUGAGGCCCUGAGAGGUUAACCAAUAUCUUUACUUAACCUGGUUAGCAACAGAGCUUAGGCGGAAAACCAGUAAAGAUGAAAGGGUAACUCAGGAGGGAUAAUGAUCAAGGGAAGACUUUCUGUCUCCAAAGAAGAGUCCAUUCAAUUCCUUAAUUUUCCUUUAGGACCUAGCCUCCUUCCUCUGGUACCAUGAGUGCAUGGUCUUGAAAUUAUUUUCAACAUAUGUGAAAGAAAGAUCAUAUUAUCCAUAGAAAACCAUGACUACAAUGCCUCACUUGCUGGAGAAAAUGCAGUGUUGUUGGUCUGAGCAAGGGAAAGAGAAAUUUGUCUAUCACACUUUUUAUCCUUAUAGGAAUUUUAGAGUACUGAAGCGUGGAAGACAGGAAGGAUUACUCACACUAGAUUUGAAACGCAUCACUAUAAUAAUCUUCAUAAUACUCCUCCCUGUCUCAUUUUGGAGAUAACAAAUAACCCCAAGGCAACUAUCCACCUACAGAAGUGGACACAGUACAGUAAAGACAUUCAUUAAAAAAAAAAUCACCCAAUUACGAAUAAUUCAUGAUGAGCUGGAAAACAUCAUUUUGCUAUGGGUAGCAAAGUUCAUCAAGAAACACCCUGAUAAUGUGUAUAUAAAGACAAACUGAACUGUUUGAGUAGGACAUUCGCCACCAGAGCUUCACCCCAGGAACAAGCGCAUCAGUCUGGACACCAUGUCUGUGCUCUUUUCUUCUGCAUCCAGACACCUUGGCUCUUGCGGGGGAGCGGGCUCUGUGCGGCUCUCUAGUUGGGGAGCAGGCUUUGGGGCUGGAAAUGCAUGCAGUGUGCCAGGCAUUGGAAGUGGCUUCUCUUGCGCCUUUGGGGGCAGCUCACCUGCAGGAGGCUAUGUCGGGGGGCUGGGCGAGGCGCGCGCUUCCUGUGCUGCCUUCACUGGGAGUGAACACGGCCUCCUAUCCGGCAAUGAGAAGGUGACUAUGCAGAACCUCAAUGAUCGCCUGGCUUCCUACCUGGAGAAUGUGCGAGCACUGGAAGAGGCCAAUGCUGACUUGGAGCAGAAAAUCAAGGGCUGGUAUGAGAAGUUUGGGCCUGGCUCUUGUCGUGGUCUUGAUCAUGAUUACGGCAGAUACUUUCCAAUAAUUGACGAUCUUAGGAACCAGAUAAUUUCUGCAACUACAAGUAAUGCCAAUGUCAUCCUGCAAAAUGAUAAUGCAAGAUUAACAGCUGAUGACUUCAGACUGAAGUUUGAAAAUGAGCAAGCCCUUCACCAGAGCGUAGACGCCGACGUCAGCAGUUUGCGCCGAGUCCUAGACGAGCUGACCCUGUGCAGAACCGACCUAAAGAUCCAGUGGGAAACUCUGAGCGAGGAGCUGGCUCACCUCAAGAAAAAUCACGAGGAGGAGAUGAAGGCUCUGCAGGGCGCGGCGGGAGGUAACGUGAACGUGGAGAUGAACGCGGCGCCCGGGGUGGACCUCACGGUUCUGCUGAACAACAUGCGGGCGGAGUACGAAGCCCUCGCGGAGCAGAACCGCCGGGACGCGGAGGCCUGGUUCAACGAGAAGAGCGCCUCGCUGCAGCAGCAGAUGUCUGACGAUGCUGGCGCCACCACCUCAGCUCGGAAUGAAUUUACUGAGAUGAAACGUACUCUUCAAACCCUGGAGAUUGAACUUCAGUCCCUCUUAGCAACCAAACACUCCCUGGAGUGCUCCCUGACAGAGACCGAGGGCAACUACUGUGCGCAGCUCGCCCAGAUCCAGGCUCAGAUCGGGGCCCUGGAGGAGCAGCUGCACCAGGUCAGAACUGAGACCGAGGGCCAGAAACUGGAGUACGAGCAUCUCCUGGACAUCAAGGUCCACCUGGAAAAAGAAAUUGAGACCUACUGCCGCCUGAUAGAUGGAGAGGAUGGCUCUUGUGUCAAAUCAAAAGGCUAUGGAGGACCAGGAAAUCAGAUAAAAGAUUCAUCUAAAACCACUGUGGUUAAAACGAUUGUUGAAGAAAUAGAUUCUCGUGGCAAAGUUCUCUCGUCCAGAGUUCACACAAUGGAAGAGAAAUCUACCAAAGUCAACAACAUGAAGAGUGAACAGAGGGUGCCCUCCUGAACACCAAAAGAAUGGCCCCUAAAUUAAAAUACCAAAUUGAAACUAGGUUCCUAAAUAGGGGCCCUCUUAUCUUUCUGCUUUUCUUCCUAUGAAUUAAGACAAACUAUUUUCAGAAUAGUAGUGUUUCUUUGGCUUUCUCUGUGGUGGCGUUUCAAUAAAAGUUCUUCCUGUCGCAAGUCAUCUUCACUGGUUCUGGUCCAUCUUUGCAUUUUAAACAUACCCCCUAGUGGGAGCUGAAUUUUAUUUUUAGUUUACUGUGUUUAAUUCAAUGGUCUUCACAAGUCAGGAGUAAGUCUAACAGGAAAACUAGUUGGAGUCUUUUUCACAUCUCUGUAAAAGUUUAAAUCUUCCUUCCUUCUUUCUAUAAAUACUUAUUAAGCACACACUGCAUGCUGGUAAGGAGAACAAAACAGUUAACAAAAUCUAAUCCCUGAGUGCAAUAUGCUCAUAGAAGUGGAAAUAAGAAAUUAAAGAAGCAGAAACAUCCUAAAAAUAAAGAAAAAUUUAUAAAUGGUGAUAUUCGAAGGCAGAAGGGAAAAGAGAGAGAUGUGGCAACUAGAUAGGGCAAGUGGGGAAUUCUGCAAUGUUAGCCACAAAACAAGUCGUAAGAAACUUAGGACUAUUGAAAUCAUAUUGGGUAUCUUUUCUGACCACAACAGUACGAAACUGGAGGAAAAUUCAAAAAUAUGUAGAAAUUAACACACUCCUGAAAAACCAAUGGGUCACAGAAGAAAUCAAAAGGGAAAUCAAAAACGAUGAAAUCCAGGCAUUUGUGACAACAUGGAUGGACAUUGAGGGUAUAAUGCAAAGUGAAAUAAGUCAGAGGGAGAAAGUCAAAU